UCCGCACCCAACAACAAAAAAAAAAACUUUCCAUUUUCCUCUUCCCACUCUCUGGGACUUCCUUUUGAUCCCCUCCACACCCACCUCGUGUGUGUGUGUAUGUCUGUGCAGAGGAAGGGGGGGGAGCAAAGAGUGUGUGAGGGCUGCUGGAGAUUUACAAUCUGCCUUCACGCUUUUGGGACCUAGAAAAAGGAGAGUUCCAACCAUGGACUGCAAGUGAAAGGAAGUCUGUCUUAUUAUGUGUGUGUGUUUUUUGCAGAAGUUGAGGCUUUUUCCUCUGUUGCUUGCCGAAGUGUAAGCGGUGCCUUUAUCUCACGUUGAGGGAGGAUAUCUAAAAUUAGAAACCUGACCUGAAGAAACUGGAGGAAUCUGGAAAUUUGGCAGCAUUCCUUUCCAGAAUUUCUCCACAGUUGAACGUAGAGAUCUCCAUGGUAACGCAAACCCCCAGACUCUUCUCACCAGCCUGCAAGAAGCAGUUUUCAACAGCUCAGAGGUCUUGCGACCAGAGCGUGGAUCACACUUCUUGCAAACCUCAUUAUAUUGAGGUGGGAUUAAGAUGAGCAUAACCAGUGACGAAGUGAAUUUCUUGGUGUAUCGCUAUCUACAGGAGUCAGGUUUCUCCCAUUCUGCCUUUACAUUUGGAAUAGAGAGUCAUAUUAGCCAGUCCAACAUCAAUGGAACACUAGUGCCACCUGCUGCCCUCAUCUCCAUCCUUCAGAAAGGUCUGCAGUAUGUGGAAGCUGAGAUCAGCAUCAAUGAGGAUGGUACUGUAUUUGAUGGCCGACCUAUAGAGUCUCUCUCUCUGAUUGAUGCAGUAAUGCCUGAUGUAGUACAGACCCGGCAACAGGCUUUCAGGGAGAAAUUAGCUCAGCAGCAAGCCAGUGCAGCGACAGCGGCAGCAGCAGCCACUGCCACCACAAUAGCAGCCACCACAACAGUGGCAACAAUGGCAACAACAACAGCUGUUCAGCAGCAGCAGAAUACACCAAAGAAUGGGGAAGCCACUGUGAAUGGAGAGGAGAACGGGGCACAUGCAAUAAAUAAUCAUUCAAAGCCAAUGGAAAUUGAUGGGGAUGUUGAAAUUCCUCCUAACAAAGCAACAGUCCUUCGUGGCCAUGAAUCGGAGGUCUUUAUCUGUGCCUGGAAUCCUGUCAGUGAUCUACUAGCAUCAGGGUCUGGAGACUCAACAGCCCGAAUAUGGAAUCUUAAUGAAAACAGCAAUGGUAGCUCCACUCAACUAGUUUUGAGGCACUGUAUAAGAGAAGGAGGCCAUGACGUCCCCAGCAAUAAAGAUGUUACAUCGUUAGACUGGAAUAGUGAUGGAACACUAUUGGCAACAGGAUCCUAUGAUGGCUUUGCAAGAAUAUGGACAGAAGACGGGAACCUUGCAAGCACUUUAGGUCAACAUAAAGGGCCCAUCUUUGCUCUCAAGUGGAACAAAAAGGGGAAUUACAUUUUAAGUGCUGGUGUUGACAAAACAACAAUAAUUUGGGACGCUCAUACAGGAGAAGCUAAACAGCAAUUUCCUUUCCACUCAGCCCCUGCUCUGGAUGUAGACUGGCAGAACAACACUGCUUUUGCAUCCUGCAGCACUGAUAUGUGCAUACAUGUAUGCAGGCUUGGCUGUGAUCGUCCUGUCAAGACUUUUCAAGGCCAUACGAAUGAGGUCAAUGCAAUCAAGUGGGAUCCUUCUGGUAUGCUUCUAGCAUCUUGCUCAGACGAUAUGACAUUAAAGAUAUGGAGUAUGAAGCAAGACACAUGUGUACAUGACCUCCAGGCACAUAACAAAGAGAUUUAUACUAUCAAAUGGAGUCCAACGGGACCAGGCACCAGCAACCCAAACUCCAAUGUUAUGUUAGCAAGUGCUUCGUUUGACUCCACUGUUCGAUUGUGGGACGUUGAAAGGGGCGUAUGCACUCACACAUUAACCAAACAUCAAGAACCUGUCUACAGCGUAGCUUUUAGUCCUGAUGGAAAAUACUUAGCAAGUGGGUCCUUUGACAAAUGUGUCCAUAUAUGGAAUACUCAGAGUGGAACUCUGGUACAUAGCUACAGAGGGACUGGGGGAAUAUUUGAAGUCUGCUGGAAUGCUAGAGGAGAUAAAGUGGGAGCCAGUGCAUCUGAUGGAUCGGUUUGUGUUCUAGACUUGCGAAAGUAAAUGCUUUAGAUGAAAUUGCAAAUGGACCAGCAGUUGAAUGUGUGGAUAGAAGCAUUCUUCAAAACUAUUCUUGACAUCUCUAGUACUGCAAGAACUGGAGGGAAACAAACAGGACUGGGGGAGGGGAAGCAAAAGCGUGGAACAGAAACAACUCUCCCAGGUGCCUGAAGCCUGCAAUGUUUUGUCCAUAACAUUCACCAAGGAGUAGAAUAACAUACAGUCAAGGGGGUGGGGAGGGGGGAUAGUUUCCACCUGGAACAUUGCGCCUAUGGAAGCAAGAAGACCAUCACCAGCUAAAAGCCUGCCUGUUUGGUUUGGGUCUCCAAGAACUCAAUCUGAUGGCUGCAGAAGAGAAGAAGAGAAGCUGUGCCAAAAAUAAUAAUAUUAUAAUAAACCUAUAAAGCUAAAGUGCUUUGAUUAAACCAAAAUGGGAAGAAGAAUCCUCCUCCUCCAUGCGGUGUAGUAUUUUUUUCCUUCCAAUCUGGACACUACAGUUGCACUCCCAAAGGACAUUCAAAGACCAGUUUGUACCAACAAUGCGUGCAACUUUGUAAUCACAACACUUUGUAUCUUCUAGACUACUUUUAUUUGUUCAGUGGACUUUUUGUUUUCCUAUCAGCUGGAAUAUUAGGCCUUGAGGAUCACAGGCUUAGCUUUGAACUGAAUAUUUUCUUCUCUUUUUCCAGUCUUUUUUUUUUUUUUUUUGGUCUGGGGUUUCCCCCACCCCCCUUGCCUUCAGUGAAUGCAGCCAGGUGGGCAAAAAUGAAAAGGUGUAAGAGACUGCCUCUCUUUCCUCUUUUCUUCUCUCCCCUUUCUCCUCCUCUCCCAGCUUCUUCUUCCUCUUCUGUUUUUUUUAAUUAUUCCAUGCUUCAGAUCUUAGAGGCUGAAGGGCACUUUCAUCAGAUUGUGUAAUAAGUGCUUUAUGUAAGAAUGCAGUGCCGGGAAAGCUUUUUACAGGAGAAAAAUGACUUUUUAAAAAAGAAAGAACCCAGUGUAUUUUUGGAGAGAAAAGAAGUAUUUUUUAUGUUAAACACAAUUUUAGAAGCUUAAAAUGUCCACCAGAUGUAGAUUGGAUUGUGUUAACCAUUUGAAAGAACAAUGUAGAUGGAAUCUGAUACACAUUUAAAGAUGCAGUGUCCCUUUUAUCUCCUCAUAAAAGGCAUUUGGCUAAAACAACAGAAAUCAAGGUACUGCUUCUUUUUGAUCAGCCUUCUGCAAGAGUAAAAGCAAAAGGCUUGCGUGGUUUCAUUUCAUUGGCAGGACUUUGUGAUGGCAAUUAUAAUUACUUAUUUCAGGAAUUUAGUUUUCUUUUCUUUUUUUAAAAAAAGUGAUAUUUCUAUUCUGCUUCAUAUAUCCCAAUAACUACUGUGAGAUACAUCCAGAGUGGCCUACGGCCUAGUUGUGGAAUUCUGUUCCAAGCGAAGUUUUGUUAAUUGAUCUGUGAUCAAAGUCUAACAUUCACAGUGUAUGGAACUGACACUGUUUUUCAUUUGCUGACCCAUUUUGUGUUUACAAAUCAGAGCAGGUUAGGGCCCCAUAUUAGAGACUGGCAGAGCUGUUGUGUUUCCAGUGAACUGCACUGCAUCUCCACUGCCCCAGAUAUAUGCCAAUGUGACGAUUGGAAUUUAUAUGUGGAUUUAAGCUAGCUUUAUCAUUGACAGUUCUGGAAUAUUACAAAAAUUGCACCUGGAUCCAUCUGAGAUGGUCAGCACUGUGAAUUGCUCCUCGCAUUCUUCUGGAGAGGAGGCAACUGCAUCUUUAAUGUGGUCACUCUAUGGGGCAUCCCAUGGCCUGAUCAUGGGAGGGAUCAAUAUAUUAGUUCCCUGACACGGAUUAGAAAUAUUUUUAUUUUUGUUCUUUAAAACAAAACUAGCUAAUUUUAGAGCCAAGUGAAGUGCACUUUGUCAAACAUAAGGGUCGUCUUUUUUGGGGGGGUUGGGGGGGUUACUUUUGUCUGUUUCUUUUUUGCCUUUUUAAAAAUGCGGUUCUUUGUCAAUUGCAGAAUUUGUUCUGUUAGCCACUUACUGAUAAUUCUGGCUUCUUAAGUUUUUAUUGUCUGUGUCAGACUUGAAGCCAGGCUUAGUUUUCUUUUCAGCAUUUCCCAGGUUCUGUUGAAACAACAUAUGCUCUUCCUUCCUUUCUCCUUGCUUCCGUUUUCUCCACAUGCACCCUCCCUUACACUCACUCUCUCUCUCUCACUCCCUCUCUCUCUCUCUUUGUCAGCAGAUCACCUUGUGGGUUGUAGUUCAUUUGUUUCAAGGAAAGAAUCAACAGAUCAUAUUCAGUGUCUUGAAUAAAUUGCUAUAUUUUGAUAUUAGAAAA